AUGAGGCUGCUGCUGCUGGCGUGUCUGCGGGCACGCACCGGCAACGCCACCACGGCCGCCAGGAUCCGGAAUCAUCUACAAGCUGCAGGUCAUGUCUGUGUCCUUAAAGAUGCUUUCAUGUAUGAAAGUGCAGCUGAAAUAGCAAAUCUGAUCUCCACAGAGAAGUUUGAUGCAGCCCUGGCCAUUCACCUCUACAAAGGAGGCAGACUGCUGCAAGGGAGCAGAAUUCCUUUUGGGAUCAUCUUUGGUGGCACAGAUAUAAAUGAAGACAUUAAAUGUAAGGAGAAGUGCCAGGUAAUGGGAGCAGUGCUGGAAGAAGCCAGGUUUGCAGUGGCUUUCACAGUGGAAAUGAAGGAGCUGGCAGCAGCACAGUGGCCAGAUGCUAGGAAGAAAAUCUACGUCCAAAGUCAAGGAAUUAAGACUGCACCCAGUGCAACAUUUGACUGGUACAGAUUUCUACAAAAUGCAGACAUUCCUGCAGACACAGACACUUUACAUCUGUUCCUUUUGGUGUGUGGGCUCAGAAGAGUCAAAGACCCUCUGUACUUGGUGGAAGCUUUCUCAGACUGGCACAGAAAGGAUCCCAGUGUCCAUCUGGGCAUUAUUGGACCUGCAGUUGAUCCAGUUUUUACCAGUGAAGUUAAGGAGAAAGUGAAAAGGGCCCCUGGGGUGCAUGUGCUGCAGGAGCUGCCCCAGGAGGAGCUGCAGGCUGCAGUCAGCAGGAGCUGUGCCCUGGUGAACAGCUCCACCUCGGAGGGGAUGUCUGCUGCCAUCCUGGAGGCAAUGGAUUUAGAUAUUCCAGUGCUGGCAAGGAACAUUCCUGGGAAUGCAGCAAUAAUAAAACACAAGGAAACAGGACUGCUAUUCUCAACUCCCCAGGAGCUGCUCUGGCUGUGCCAGAUUUGCCUUCAGGCAGUAACUGAGGCAGGAACCUGGGUUAGACAAACUGUAGCUCCCCCAAAAAAGAAUGAGCCUCAAGUUGCAGGAUAUUUUCCUGCAUUAUGGCUUUGCUGUUACAUAUUCAUGCAUGCUGUGGAAAAUUACUCUUAGAAAAAGAUUCCCUCACAGUUUUAUCCAACUGAAGGUUUAAAAAACAUACCAGAGUACACCAUUUGAUAAUUUUGCAAAGUAGAGAAUGUAUCUUACUUAUUUCCUUUGUGGAGUGUGUGAUUAAUGCAUCCUAUCAAGUUGUGUUUCUGCAAACUGAAUCCUCUUGGUUGGUUUUGAAGGAGUUUUUAAUAGAAAAACUCUUCCAAUUCAAGUAUGGUUCUGUUUGUUUGUUUCUGGAAUAUUCCAUUUUUCCAGUGGUUUCUACAAAACCCAGAAUAUUUCUUUGAUAACUAAUGUACAUGUAUUCUCUAAAAAAAACCCACUGGCUUCCACCUCCUCAAAACUUCCAGGACAUCCAACCCUAUUGAACAAAGGAUUGAGAGCUCUCCUGCUAUUAAUGCUGGCACAUUAAUUAAUUAAUUAAUUAAUUCUCUUGUUUCCCUCAACAAUCUGCCUGCACUUGGCUUGGAAUUCAAAUGCAUUAUUAAAACAGAUUCAAUUAUCACCAUACAUCCCUGCAAGGAGCCUCUCCUGUGCUCUCCAAGCAUCCCAAAUUCCCGGUGUUUAUUUGGGAUUUGAGA